AUCGCCACUAUUCAGAUCUCAACCGCCCACUCAAAAAUUCUUCGUCAUCUUCUUCGCGAAAAAUUCUCAAGAACUUGCAAGAACCCUAGGUCUCUCUUUCUCAAAUUUUCACCCAAAUUCCUGAGAAAAUGAAGGUUGUCGGUGCAAAUGUCCACUUUUUGAAGUUAGAAGCCAAGUGCUCAUCCCCAACAUUCUUCCAAAGCUAUCUGCAGAUGAUAGCCGCUCAAGAACUCUCCGAAUUUCUUCAAAUGGAGAUUCGCCUCAAAUUCGAGGAAGAAGUUCUUGAAUUCUACAGAAAUGGAGAAAUCAAAUCUGCUCAGUCAAAGAAAAACCCACAGAGGACAUUUCCAGUCAUCAAGUCCACUGUUGGAGGCUUAAAGGUGAAGCUUUCGCAGAAGAAAUUGGGAAGAAAGCUUCGCCUUCCCAAUUCUGGAGUUGAAGUUGGGAAAUUUCCAGUCAAAAAUCUGGACUGGAACAUCAUUGGAAUUUCUGGGCCAACUCCUUCUGGCCCAGCAAAGAAAGCAGAUCUGAACAACGAUUACAAGUUGAUUUUGGAACUGGUCAUCGCCUGCCUCGAAUGUGGGAGUGGAGGUCAUGCCGAUGACAUCACCCAGGAGAGAGCCUUCAUCAUCAACGCUCUCAUUACCAAAACUAAG